ACACCAGCAGUCUCUGGGAGAUGUUGUUCUUCCUGAGCACCCGUAGGAAGUCCAGUCUCUGCUGGGCCUUUUUAAGAAGUCCAGAGGUAUUCACACCCCAGGUCAGAUCCUCCCAGAAAGCGGGUCGUGGGUGUACAGGGUGUAGAGCAGGGGGCUCAGCACACAGCCUUGUGGGGAACCAGUGCUGAGACUGAGAGCUGUGGAUCUGGUCUAUAAAGCAUUAGUAAAGGCUUGGUUGGCCAUUGAUUUAGAUAUUAAUUACAGUUUAUAAAUCGUCUAUAAAUGGGCUGUCAUCAGAAAAUUGUACAGUUAUAUUUAAUUUAUCCUUUAAAAUAUUGAUCUCACGCCGUUCGAUUAGUUUGCUCUGCCUAACAUUCAGACUGUGUAGUAGAGCACAGAGAAGCCAUUGUUUCCCUGCAGUUUCUGUUGACGUGGUAAUGGUGAUUGUUGUCAUUUUGGGUGAAAUCUCCAGAUAUUCAUGAGUAAACUUCAGUAGAAAUAGUGCUAUUAAAAGCCAAUAGUCAUGCUGGACUUUGCAAUCUUUGCCGUGACGUUUGUCAUCAUUUUGGUCGGCGCUGUUCUCUAUUUGUACCCGACAUCCAGAAGGGCCUCAGGCAUCCCAGGUCUGAACCCUACAGAUGAGAAGGAUGGGAACCUGCAGGACAUUGUGAGCAGAGGCAGUUUGCAUGAGUUCCUUGUCAGUCUGCAUGAGGAAUAUGGGUCUGUGGCGUCCUUCUGGUUUGGUGGACGGCCGGUGGUCAGCCUGGGCUCUGUGAACCAGCUGCGGCAGCACAUUAACCCCAACCACACCACUGACUCCUUUGAGACCAUGCUGAAGUCAUUGCUAGGCUACAAGUCAGGAAUGGGAGGCGGGGCUAAUGAGACCAUUCUAAGGAAAAAGGUGUAUGAGAGUGCCAUCAAUAACACGCUGAAGAACAACUUCCCUCUCAUGCUCAAGCUGGUGGAGGAGCUGGUGGGAAAGUGGAAGUUGUUCCCAGAUGCUCAGCACAUGCCACUAUGUGCUCACUUACUGGGUUUGGCUAUGAAGACUGUCACCCAGCUGGCUCUGGGUGAGCGCUUUGGAGACGACGCAGAGGUCAUUUCCUUCCGCAAGAACCAUGAUGCGAUCUGGUCUGAAAUCGGGAAAGGCUACUUGGACGGCUCCUUGGAGAAGAGCUCCAGCAGAAAAGCACAUUUUGAGCAGGCUCUGUCAGAGAUGGAGUCUGUGUUGCUGUCAGUGGCAAAGGAGAGAAAAGUCCAAAGGAAGCAGACAGUGUUUGUGGACUUUCUGCGGGAGUCCAGCCUCACAGAGCGACAGAUCAUGGAGGACUGUAUGGUUUUUACUUUGGCUGGAUGUGUCAUCACUGCCAACUUGUGUAUCUGGGCACUUCACUUCCUGUCCACUUCAGAGGAAGUCCAAGAGAAGUUGUACCAGGAGCUGGAGAACGUUUUGGGCUCUGAUCCAGUUUCCCUGGACAAGAUCCCUGAGCUUAAAUACUGCCAACAGGUCCUCAACGAGACAGUGAGGACUGCCAAGCUGACCCCCAUCGCGGCUCGGCUUCAGGAAGUUGAGGGCAAAGUCGAUCACCAUGUCAUCCCCAAAGAGACUCUGGUGAUCUAUGCCUUGGGAGUGGUCCUACAGGAUUCUGACACCUGGAGCACCCCAUACAGGUUUGACCCAGAUCGAUUUGAGGAGGAGUCAGCCAGGAAGAGCUUCUGUCUGCUCGGAUUCUCAGGGAGUCAAACAUGCCCAGAGCUCAGGUUUGCCUACACUGUAGCUACCGUCCUGCUCAGCACGUUGAUGCGGCAGCUGAAACUUCACAUGUUGAAAGGGCAGGUCCUGGAGGUCAGAUCUGAGCUGGUGUCCACACCUAAAGAUGAAACCUGGAUCACCGUCAGCAAAAGAAGCUAGAACUAAAAUCUCAGCAAGAAGAGUCGUGUUCCAAAAAAGGAAUAUACAUGUAUUUAUCAUCUUGAUUAAAGAAAUGACCAGCAAAGUAUUUUUUAUGAAUGUGGAGGAUCCUGUCUGUUAGAGAACUUUGUCUUUCUGGUGCUUCUUCAGCUGAAGCCUUGGGAACAUUAUUACCUAGUCUGUCCACAGGUCAAAUUUGCACUUGUUGGAAGACUCCAUCUGUUAAGGAGGGAAAGUCUGUAGUGUACUACCCUACAAUGUAGAGAAAAACAACUUUUGCUGCCAAAAGUUUUUAUAAAAUUCCUAGAAUUGCCUUGAGUCAGAAUUUCCAAUGAUGUGUGGCUUGUCUGUCUGUUAAAAUGGGCCACAUGGCAUUUUAAUAUUUCAUUCAUUUUUAAAGCCAUCUUACAUAUUAAUAAAUAUGUAUGGACAUUU